GCCCGGGGGCAGCGCUGCUCUUUCCGUCCUGUCCCGUCCCGGCCCCUUCCCCUCCCCGGGGCACGGGGGUCAUCCCUAUGGCGGCGGCGGCAACGCUGCUGCUGCGAGCGGCGGGCCGGGCCCUGCUGGGCCGUGCCGCUCCCCUGCCCCGCGCCGAGCGGGCUAUUAGCGACUGCGGAGCGGCGCGCUGGGCGCCAGUGCGGCCCGGCCUCCCCGUGCCGCUGUCCUCGCCCCUGGCAGGGCUCUCCCGGCCCAUCCGCAUCAAGGAGCCGCCCAAGCGCAAGCCGGUAGAUCGGUGGACGAAGAAGCGGGCCUUGUUUGGGGUGUAUGAUAACGUGGGGAUCCUGGGUGGCUUCCAGAUCCACCCGAAGAAUCUCAUCAUGGGGCCCACUUGGCUGCGAGGUUGGCGGGGGAACGAGCUGCAGAGGUGCAUCCGCAAGAAGCAGAUGGUGGGCGAUCGGAUGUUUGUAGAGGACUACCACAAACUCAACAAGAGGAUCCGGUACUUGUACAAACGCUUCAAUCGCACCGGAAAGCACCGCUAAGGAACAGCAGUGGCUUUGGCUUUGUGAAUGCCACAGGUUUGUGGCAUUGCAGUCAGAAUAAAGCCAGC